UUUUUAAAUGAAAAACCUUGGACAAUUAAAAAAUUGUCCAAGAUUGUAGCUCUAUUCGGACUAUUCGGACUAUUCGGCAUUCCACUGCUGUGCUGUUCCUGUAGGAUAAAUUUCAAGAACAACGAAAAAGGUUACUAGGUGAUAUUCUAAACUUUGCGGCUUUAAUUUUCUUAAAAUUUGAUUUAUCAAAACUGGGGAUAGCGAUCGAAUUUCAAAUCGAUGUAAAUAAUUCACGAAAUUCCUAUGGGACCAUCGUCAGAAAAAAACCUCUGGGGACUCAUCACGAGGUUUCCAUUCCUGGACGAGUGAGAGGCGGCUCUGGAGUCAACCACGGGAUUCGCAUUUCGCCCCUGCGUCUUGACCUCGGUGAGUCAAUGAAUUAUAUGGUGUUUCUAUUGUUGUUAAAACAACAACUGAUAUAUCGUUGAUUUUUACACUGAAAUUUAGAAUUCAAGUGAUAGCGACCCAACCUCGUUCCCAGGGUCUCUCAUCUUGCCGCCCACUGGAGCUCGCUCCAGGGGGCGGUAAGAUGAGAGACCCUGGGAACGAGGUUGAUAGUAUAUCAACUUUUAUCAACUUCAUAAAUCCCCCCAGUCGAUCGCGCGAUCUUUCCAUUUGAGAACAUCGCCAUAAUUCUAUUGUCUUUUCACGAGAAGCAAUAUGAAAAAUGAAGUAAUCGAUGGUCGAAAAUAUUUCCAAUCAAAGCGAAUUAGAAGCAUUCCUUUGUUGUCGGUUCUUAGUCCGGACCGGACAGGUGUCACAGUGAUAUGUGUAUCCCCGUGAUAUGUGUAUCCCCGCACACAUAUCACUAGUGAUAUGUGUAUCCCCUCCAAAAUAGCAGCCAGUGAUAUGUGUAUCCCCCACCCCCAUCCCCUCUACUUUAAAUCGCAAUAUCCUCCUUGAAAGCGCUCUCGUCGUCCGGUCGCUUACUGGACGAGCGAGGAACCCAAACAGACUUAGACCACAAAUCUCAAUUUUUGUGGUUGAAAAAGCUUACGUAUCUGCUGCUGGAAUUGUUUUCUUGAUCCUAACUGGUUUUCUGCGAGCAGGAUAUAAUAAAUUUAAAGUUGAACACCAAAUGGAUCUAGAUAUAUUCCAAUUUGACUUUCACGGCACGGGAUUUCUAGGACGAUAUUAAUUGCGCGGUGCAUUCUCACCCCUCGAGUAACGCAUAUUGUCCACUGUUCAUCGCCUUGUUUGCAUCUGAAUUAUUCGUGGAGUGAAACACAUAUCACUGUUUCGACCCGCUCCCCAGAAAAUGAUUAGUGGCACCGACGUGUAUCCCCUGCACCCGCUUUUCAGUUCGACUUUUUGUAAGAUAUGUUAAGGCUGUUAUGUUUGUUCGUUGAAUGCCCAGGCGCGUAUCAGUGUUUUGUGUAUCCCCACGAGGGAGACACAUAUCACGAGUGAUCUGUGUGCGGGGAUACACAUAUCACGGUGACACGGGAGUCCUGGCUUUUUUCCCUUUGGAACAACCUUUUCAAAUACUCUGACCCAGUUCCCAACGUUUUCAAAAUGGCGGCUGUAUAUGGGAUAGGACGUUUUGCUUGGCGAAUUCGAGCGCUCGUUGUGGAGAAAGGAUUUGUUAUAAACGUACUUCAACGGCUUAAAACACCUGUCAGAAUGCACGUUCAAAAGAGGGUUUACAUACUAUGUACCCAGCUGGUGACAAAAUCUCGAUCCGUUCCUCCAUUGCUUGCUCUUGGUUGGUGGGGAGCAUCCAAACCUCAGGAAGCACAAACUUCUGCUACAUCAGAAUCAAUAAAAAUGAGUCAGUUAGAACUUGAUAUAAAGACAGCAGAUGAAUUAUAUGAUGACAACAAAAUACAAGAACAGUACGAUCUACUUCUCAAACACAAAGAUUCACAAAAUGCUGAGAUAGAGUGGAGAUUAGCUAGAUCAUGUAGAGUGCUGGCAGAAAAUAACAAAGAUAAAGACACAAAGAAACGAUUGACAUAUAAAGCUCUGGAACAUGCUGAACUUGCUUUGAGGCUUGAUGACAAGAACUUUGCUUGUCAUAAGUGGUAUGCCAUUGCCCUUUCCAUUGUUGGUGACUAUGAAGGAACAAAAGCUAAAUUAGAAAAUGCAAAGAUCAUGAAGGAACAUUUUGAGGUAAGACACAACACAGCUAGCAAGGCUGUGCUAUCAAACUCAGUAUAUGUAAACUUGCAUCAUAAUCCAAUGGUGCACGUACAUGGUGUCAGCAAAGUUGACUUAGACUAUGAUUAGUCUCUCUUUCGCUUAGUCCAUCAUGCAUGACGCGAAAGAAAACUGUGAGAAAAAUGGGUUCCUCACCUCCAGGAUUUCGUGCGGCCACGUUUUUCUCGUGGUUUUCUUUCACAUCACGCACAACUGACUAAGUGAAAGAGGGACUACUCGUAGUUUAAAGUUGACUUUGCAAUGACAUUGCUAUUGACGAUGUUAUAAACCAAUUGGUGUACGUUUGUAGCUGUGAGUCAAUGAGCUAUGGUGUAGUUGGCAAGUUCAGAGAUCACUCUAGAAGCCAGAGUAGCUCUUGAUUGGCAGUGCCUCAAGUAACUUUUACGCUUCUCUUGAGUUCUCCAAACAUACCUUGAUGAUACAUGCUUAUUAAUGCAUUUUUUAUUUGUUUAUUAAAGACCACAAACACUACAUUACAACAUACGCAUGUAAUGCAUGCACACUAAUGUAUAAUUCAACAUUGUUUUAAAAAUAUGUAUUUUUUUAAGUCACAGGAAGCGAGAUCCAUUAGUGUCCAUACUUUCCAUUUUUUAGGUACUUUAUCUAACUGAACAUUAAUUUACAGAAUAUAUGUUGUUGUGCAACCUUGUAUAGGGUUCGUUGUAGUGCAAGGUUUUUAUGUUUGACCAAAACAAGAUUUAUGUUGAUUGGUGUGACCUGCAAAACAUGCCCAGUGAUAAAAUAUUGCUGACAUAGUGACAAAACCCAGAGAAGGAUAGACAGAGCAGUGCCAAGAGACUGCAAUGACAUCUCAUAAAGUCACAGAAAACUGUUAGGAGGGACUAGAGUAUGAACUUCACCUAGAUAGUAUAACAAACAAUUUAAGCCUAGCAAUAUUGUGCAGUGGAUGAGCUGAGUGCAGAACAAAGGGGACUGUGUGUGGGUGUGUGUGUGUGUAAAG